UGAAGUGUAUGUCAUAAUAGGUUGCCAAGGAAGCUGUCAUACACCCAGAGAGAAGUACUUCCCAGUGGCCGCCAUCCCUCUGAGCAUGUUUUCUUCUUAAGCAAGAAGCCACUAUGGGAAAGCUUCUUUCCUUGUUUUGGGAGGUGGAGCCACCCCCCAUGCCGUUAAGUUUUGCCAUUCCGAACCAGGACUACGAGUGCCAGCAGGAUGACUCUUGUGGGGCAAUAGGGAACUUCCUUGUUUGGUAUUUUGUCAUUAUAUUGAUCUUGAUGUUCUUCUCUCGGGCUUCUGUCUGGAUGUCCGGGAAGAAGAAGGAGGAAGACAGUGGGACAAGCACUACACUGAGUAAAGCAAGCGAAGAUACUUCCUAUCAGUGGCAAAACAAAGAUGGUUGCUGGGACUCUUCACAGGUGAUGAAAAAACCGAAGCAGAGCCACCUUACUCCUGGAUCUGACUCAGAAGUGACCCUAGACAAUGACUCUCUUGAAGGAAGAAGGUGUAGGCACCAUUCUCCGCUCAGCCAGGUGAAUCAGUCCCAACUGGACAGUGAUACUACCGACUACGACAGCGAAGACUCUGACUUGGGAGCGUCGUCCUGGAAGGAGAGUGAAAGUGAACACCCACCUCCCGCUGGUACAAAGAGAAAAAUAGCUCAGCGGCAACAGAGUGUGGACAGUGACCGAACCAGGGAAAGGCCCUGCCUCUACUGCAAAGCCAGGAGAACCCAUGAAUGGUUGGCCCGCCAUUUCCUCCACAACGCUUCAGUAGCAGCCCCGGUGAAGGGAGAUCUUCAAGAGGAAAAUUCUGUACCUGACAUUAACACGAGAUUCAGUAAAUUUUGAAUUUUAUCAAGUCCUUGCCUUAUUUGAAGCCAAAUGAAAGGGAUAAAUAAAACAUAAAAAAAAUCACCGAAGCUUUAGGUGAGGAGGUUUUUUACAAUAAACUCUGUUAACAAAAACAAAAAUAAUUGGAACCCAACAGGUAAAAUUUCAAAUAAUUCUUUGUCCCAGACCAGGCCAGUGAAUUUGUUUACGGCACCAUUGGAACAUCGACGAUCUGUAUCCACUAUGAUUUUUUAUUCAAAAGAGCACAAGAUAUUUUCUCCCUGGAGUAUACGUGUUUUGUUUAUGUCUAUAAUACCAAUAAGGAAGCUCUUUAAAAA